AUGUCUCUCUCAAAACUCACGGAGGUUACAAAAAAUGACGCGCUGGAUAUAAAAGUGCAUUACUCUUACCAUGGCCAACAAAGAUGUGGACUAAUUGACACAACAUUUAACAACUUGUAUUCCAUGGAUUAUUUUUCUUUCAUCAACCAUCUUAAAUGUGAAAUUCCACAGCUGAAUAAAUUAGAAGUUCUUCGCGUGUGCUUUAUGGAUGAAGAAAAAACUUACAUCGAUCUGACUGCUAAAAACUUCCAUAGAUUUUUGCGAUUAGCUACUUUGUGUUUUCAGUCUGACAUUCCAAAAAUAAACUUAAAAGUGUUAGAGGGAUCAUCUCCAAUGCCUAAACCAGAUUCUGAAAAUAAGAAAUCUGAAACCAGCAAGCCGAAACGUCUUUUCGACAGUGAAGAGUAUGUUAAAACGCCAUACCGCAGCCCGAUUGAAUUGGAACUGAGUUUAAAACGACAGCUCUUAAGCCAGAAGGAAAAAGAAUUUAUGUUGGCGCAAUCAAAGUAUGACGCAGUGUCCAACGAAUAUGUGGUAAAGGGAUAUCAGGACACCAGCAAAACAGUGUGCACCAGAUGUCAUCUAAGGCUAGGGCACACCAGAAAUCGUUGUCACAUGGACGAAUGCACAACUGCAAGAAAUUGUGGGAACAUUGACAGACAUGCUGCAGAAAAGAGAGAGCUAACUGAGUUAGGGAAACAAAAACAGAAACUAGAAGGGGAACUUAAUGCGUUGAAAUCAGAAUUACAAAUAAAGGAGGCUUUGAACAAUGAUGUUAUGACCUCUUUUGAGGCAAAGAUACACGACAUUCUAAUCAGAACAAAUCCAGAGAAGUAUUUAAGUGAAAACAGAAGGCCAAAAGAAGGUGUCAUACUUGCUGAUUCCUACAUACUUAAAAAAUUCUACGGCAACAGUGCUGUUGAUAAGGCUACAAUGGAGCGGGACUGUGACAUAUUUCAAACAAUUAUACAAUCACACGAGGAAAAAAUGAACGUGAAACGUCCAAAAAACAGUGUUGUUAACGAAUUGGAAAGAAGGGAAAUAAGUUGGCCAGGAUCAACCAAUGUAAAUGAACAGUCUAUGCAAACAUUGCACCAAGGAUAUUAUUAUGGCCCAUCUUAUCCUAUGGCACCAUGGUUUGCUGCAUUUCAGUCAGGAUGUACAGCAAUGACAUCACCUAUGCACCCAUCAGUCUCAGCAUCAAUUGCACCACCAGUGGCAUCUCCCCCACUUCCAGUCGGUUCACCCCCACCUCCAGUCGGUUCAACCCCUGUCUCAUUUUAUGGUGUUAGAGUUAACAUUAUAUUUAAAUUAUAA